AUGUCGCGUCUUUUACUACAAUCAAAGAGCUUAGAACCAAUCCAUGUGAGCAAUGUAGGGGUGCAUCCUGCUGUCCGAAAUGAGUUAGAAUGUGUGGCAAAUAACACGUUAGCCAAUACAAUUCGUCAGCUGAGUAGCUUGAGCAAGCAUGCGGAGGACAUGUUCACAGAGCUGUUCACGGAAGCAUCUUCCGUGUACAAUCGACUUAACCAAUUACAGUCACGCAUGGAGGAUGUACACAGAAAGGUUAAGCAAUUGGAUGCAACUGUAGAAGAAGUGUCAUUACAAGAUAUCCAUCUUCGCAAACCUUAUCAAAGCAACUUCGUACCAGAUCAACAAGUUGUUUCAAGUUCGACUAUGCCAAAUGCCAUGCGGAUCACAUACAGCCAGUGUGAUAGAGCUCCUGCUCUGGAAAAACUUGAUAUAUUCCGGGAGGAUGGAAAAGACAGUAUGAAAUUUUAUACUGAUUCACACUUCUUUGUGGACUUUUGGUAUGCAGAAAUGCAAAAGGAAAUUGAGCAGAAAAAAACUGACAUCAAAGCAAGGAAAAAGCGGCGCCCCAAAAUUCAGGGAGACCGGCCCAUCCGCCCGGUGAAAACAAAGAAAGACGAAUAUCAGAAAAUGGCAUUAGGUGUAGAAUUUAGUGAUUAUCAAACUCCUAAUAUCCAUGGGCCUGUCCAUGGUAAGGUCCAUCAGCGUAAGGGACAACCCCACCCACAGCAGCAGCAACAACACCAACAACAACAACAACAGCAGCAACAGCAGCGACCAGAUAGUCUUGAGAUUGUAUCUACCCCAACUGGUAGCACUGGCAUUCCAGAAAUGUCUUAUGAUAUGACCAAUCCUGAUGUCAUUCCGAACGGUUACCCUAGCCAGAUCAAUGGACCCUAUUCAAUGAUGAACCACACUCCUGCAGAGAAUAUGACUCCUGAACAUGCUGCUGGGCUUCCAAACCGAAACAAUGCACAAUACAUGCAGGGCAAUCAGAUGUCUCCUUCCCACGCUGUGGGGUCCCAUGGAAGAUCUAUUGCACGUGCUCUCAACCAGAACAGUGCUAGACCAUCCAGGCCACCCCCAGAUCCUCCCUCAUUGCCAGGUACACCCAAGCACGAGCCCAUGAGAAACAGUCCAGUUGUCAGAGAGAGUCUUCCUCCGCCACCACUUCCGCCUGAUCAGAUUGAGGACGUGUCCGACAGCUACACGGGAAGCCCUGACGUCACUCCCAAACACGUGGCCCAAAAGGUACACGACUAUGACGGAAGCAGUGGUUCACCAAUCCGGAGCAGUGAUUCACCAAGCCGUCAGCAAGCUUAUGGCAACCAGAACCGGACUCCUGACAGUGCCGAGUUCCCCUUGCCCCCCUCACCGCCGAAAGUACCCAUUCUUCUGGUACCCCAUUCAUUGACAACCACCUCUUUGGGAUCAGCUGGCAAAGUUGAAGAAAUACCCAAACCAGCACCAGGACAAGAUCGCAGUGCUCUCCUUGAAGAAAUCAGGCUUGGUGAAUGGUACAAGAAGUUACGCAGAGUUGAAGACCGCAAGAAACAAGAGCAGCAGAAAAGACAACCAGCUGGUGGUCGUUUUGAUGUUCAAGCCAUUAUGGAUCGUGCCAUUGAAGUCCGGAGGAAGGCUCUUGAAGCCAGUGACAGCGAGGAAGAAGCGUUUUCAGAUGAAAAUGAGUGGGAUUCGGAAUAA